CGUACGCAAAUUCAUUUGAGUACAAAAUGCAAAUUACCAAACACAAGAUUGCCUCCUUCUCUCUCUUUCUCGAGCCCCUUGCCUUCUUUACGCCCUAUGGUUCUGCCUGCUCUUUACUGUCAGCUACUUGCUCUCUCUCUCUCUCUCUCUCUCUCUCUGUGUGCUAAUCUUUGGUCUGUUUUGCUUGAACUCUGCUAAUCUCUCUAGCCAGUUUUAUAGUAUUAAAAAAUAAAGUCACCACUAAUAUCUCUGCUAACAUAGUAGCAUAUUUAUUUUUUUUGGGUUCUGAAAAAAAAAAAAAAAAACUGCUACAACAUAUUACCUCUGCAGAAUCUCUAUCCCUGCCAAGAGAUGAAAUGGGCAGCUCCAAGAGGGCUAAAACUUCUCAAAGAGGUGCAUUUCUAACAAAACCCCACCUUUCUUUACCAGGAAAAUGAAAUGGGUUGCUCUAAAACUCCUCAAAAAGCUACAUUUUCUCAUUAUUUCUCUAAACUUGUAACUUAAGACAAACUCAUUCCCCAUUUGGAAAAAAAAAAAAACCGUCUCCUUUUUAUCAGAAAAGAAUACACAGAUUCCUCAAAAAACACCUUUUCCUUGCUUUUCAGCCUGUUUUUCUAAAAGCAGCCUCACUCCAACACCUAAGUGAAAGCAAGAAAGAAAGUCCCUCCAAACUUCACCAAGAGAAGAAAUGGGUUGUGUUGCUUCUAAACUAGAGGAAGAAGAGGAAGUAGUUAGUAUCUGCAGAGAGAGGAAACGCCAGCUAAAGCUUGCUGUGGAGAAAAGAUAUACUCUUGCAGAAGCACAUUGUAGGUACUGUCAUGCACUUUAUGCUGUAGCUGCAGCUAUAGAGCUCUUUGUUGCUCGCCACUCUUCUCCUUCUUCACCUUUUCUCAUCACUUUCCCACCACCUUGCCCUCCUUCUCCACCAACUGAGAAUGUGAUAAACAACCCCAUGUUCCUUCAACAAAGACCCUCUGAGUCCACCACACAUGAAGCCAUUGCUUGUGAGUCAUGUGGGUCCUCAACCUCUUCAGAUUCUUCUGAGGAAGAGAGAGAAGAAGAAGAGCAAGAAGCAGCAGCAGAAAGAGGAAGAUUAGAGCAGCCAUGUGGGUACUUUUAUAUGCAAAUGCCACCACCAAUGCCAUCACCACAGAGAGAUUUUGGGUGGGAUUUCUUUAAUCCUUUUGACACUGUGAGGCCUGAGGUUAUCAGUGGAUACCAAAGGAGCUCAGAUGAUGAUUUAAGGGUUGUGAGGGAAGAGGAAGGGAUUCCAGAGCUAGAAGAGGAAGGUGAUCACAGAGAAGAGCAAGAAACCAAGGUGGUGGUGGCUGAAGAAAAUGUUGGUGAAAAGCAUGACAGUGGGGUUGAGGUGGUGAAAGUGGUGGAUAGUUCUAAUGUGAGCCAAAAGGAACACAAGGGGCUUACAGUUAUUGAUACCCCAGUUGUAGGGAGGGAGCUACUGGAUGCACUGAAAGAUAUUGAGGAUCAUUUUAUCAGGGCUUAUGAUUCUGGCAAGGAUGUCUCUAGGAUGCUAGAGGCCAAUAGAGUUCACCUACAGAACAACUUGGAGGAAAUAAAAGAGAACUCAACAAAACUCGUCCAAGCUAUCUCAUGGAACCGGUCCAUUUCAUCUAAGCCUUCAUCAUGCAAGAGUCUUGUAGCAUCCACUUCCAAAAGUUCUUCAACAUGGACAGAGUAUAAGAAUGACCUCUUUGAGGAAUAUGGAGGAAUGGCUUCAGGAAGCCAUUCACUAACCUUAGGAAGACUUUAUGCUUGGGAGAAGAAGCUGUACGAAGAAGUUAAGGCUGGAGACAGCAUGCGAAAAAUUUAUGAGAAAAAAUGCUCACGGCUGAGAAACCAGGAUGUCAGAGGAGAUGAUGAACUCUCUCUGGACAAAACCAGAGCUGCAGUAAAAGAUUUGUAUGCCAGGAUUUUGGUUGCAAUUCGAAGUGCUGAGUCAAUCUCAGAGAGAAUUCAGAAAAUGAGAGAUGAAGAAUUGCAGCCUCAAAUUGUUGAACUAUUAAAAGGCCUAACGAGAACCUGGAAAAUUAUGUUGGAAUCCCAUGAAACCCAGAAUAAGAUCCUCUUUGAAGUAAGGUCUUUUACCUGCCCAACAUUUGGAAAAUUCUGCAAUGACACUCACCGACUAGCUACACUUCAGCUUGAGGCUGAGCUUCAGAAUUGGCAUGCUUGCUUCAUGGAUUAUGUUGCAGCACAGAAAGGGUAUGUUGAAGCUCUCCAUGGUUGGCUAUCAAAGUUCAUAGCGCCUGAAGUUGAAGUCUACUCUAGGGGCAGUAGAAGCAGGAAUUCAGCUGUGCCUUUUCGAGUCAAUGGACCCCCAUUGCUUGUGAUCUGCCAUGAUUGGUUAGCCUCCAUGGAUAAAUUACCAGAUAAAGCAGUUGCUUUUGCAUUGAAAAGCUUUGCAAAGGAUGUGAGGGCUCUGUGGCAUCAGCAAGGGAAGGAACAGCAACAGAAGAGGAAAGUUGACAGUCUAGCAAAAGAUCUCGACAGAAGGAUUCUAUCAUUCCAGAAGGUGGAAAGCAGGUUUCUUGAGUCUAAGCUUACAGAACAGAAGUCAGAAUCCGAAGUGGAACAUCCAGAUGACUACUUGACUGACAAGAAGGAUCAGUUGGACACAUUGAGAAGUAAGUUGGAUACUGAGAAGGAGAAACACCAUAAUUACAUACAAGAAACACAAAGGAUUACAUUAAACGGAUUUCAAACUGGGUUUUCUACAAUUUUUGAGUCCUUAGUGGAGUUCUCCAAGGUUUCCCAAAAUAUAUACAAUGACCUUGUAAAUUGCAAAGAAAAUGCUGAGAAAGCUGGGAACCUAUCAUACAUAGAGGACUCCAAGAUUGAAGAUAAUGGCAGCAGAUGAUGCAUGAAGCUAAAAAAGGGGCUUUGAGGAUCUAUGAUUCAUGGAUUCUGUAAGGUAUUUGUAUAUUAUAUUGUGUCAAAGCAGCUCGCUGAGACAUAUAUUAGCAUUUUUAGGAGGUUUUUGCAGCACGAACUGAUUAUUGUUAUUAUUAAUAGUUGUUUAUGCUUGUCCGUGGUUUUUAUUGCAAAACCUGUGAAUUUCCUUUCUGCUUGUCUUUCUUGGCAAGAGUUCCAAGAAGUGUAGAGAGGGGAAAUUCAAGUGGGCAAUUGUUGUAAGUAUAGAACUUUGUGGUCUUGGACAGGGGAAUUAUAUAUCAAGUGUUUGGUGAAAAAAAAAAUGCCCGUUUAGCAUUGCUUUUGGAAGUAAAGCGAUAAAGCUUUAGUAAUUGAGCUUUUGUA